UCCCCUUCCGCUUCCUCCUGCCUCCUGUCCUGCUGCUGCCGCUGCUCCACGGCUGGGCGCCCCGCCAGGCUCUCCACACCCCUGGUAUCGGCAGAAACGCUCUGUGCCCUGAGCUGUCACCACUGCUGCCCGCCAGGCCCCGGACACGAUGCAGGCCAUCAAGUGUGUGGUGGUGGGAGAUGGAGCCGUGGGCAAGACCUGCCUUCUGAUCAGCUACACCACCAACGCCUUCCCAGGAGAGUACAUCCCCACCGUGUUUGACAACUACUCAGCCAACGUGAUGGUGGACAGCAAGCCCGUGAACCUGGGGCUGUGGGACACGGCCGGGCAGGAGGACUACGACCGCCUGCGGCCGCUCUCCUACCCGCAGACGGACGUCUUCCUCAUCUGCUUCUCCCUGGUCAGCCCCGCCUCCUAUGAGAACGUCCGAGCCAAGUGGUUCCCCGAGGUGCGGCACCACUGCCCCAGCACGCCCAUCAUCCUGGUGGGCACCAAGCUGGACCUGCGGGACGACAAGGACACCAUCGAGAAGCUGAAGGAGAAGAAGCUGGCGCCCAUCACCUACCCGCAGGGCCUGGCGCUGGCCAAGGAGAUCGACUCAGUGAAGUACCUGGAGUGCUCGGCCCUCACCCAGCGAGGCCUGAAAACCGUCUUUGAUGAGGCGAUCCGGGCCGUCCUGUGCCCCCAGCCCACGCGGCCGCAGAAGCGCCCGUGCAGCAUCCUCUAGGGGUUGCACCCAGCCCUCCCACCCAGAUGGUUGUGACCUCCAGGAGCCCCGCCCAAAGCCCGAUGGCACCCCAGCUGGCCACACUGUCCCCUCCUUGUGGCGUUUCUUAGCAGAUGACUGCAGAGCUUGGUUGAUCGUCUUCUCCGUGCCGGAGGCCCCCUGGGGCCUGAAGGCUGUGAAUUUGUAGGUGCUGCGUCCCCAUCCCCUCAUACUCCUGCCUUCUCAGGGGCCAGAGGGGACCCCCGGACCCAAUAAACCCCUGUGCUACCGUGGCCAGUGCCGGCUGCUGCACGUGGCAGCGUCCACCCGUUACUCUACUCCCACCCGAUGCCUGAAUCCCCUCUGGAAACUUCGGGCCACAUGGUUGCUGGCCACCACUUGUAUACCUUCAGGGACGGGCCUCUCCCUCCCUCUCGAGGCAGCCUACUUCAAUACUGAUGGUCCUGCUUGUCUGAAUAUUCUACCGAACUAAAAUAAGCGUCAGAUGUUUACUCCUCUGGUCUUAGUUUUCCUUUUUGGGACAAUGUAGGACAAAUCAUAUUGUGUAAGUCUCUGUGGGCAUCUGCCCAGCCAGUCAAAAGCCUGGGUCCAGCUGACUCCUGCCAUGUCUCAGGUCUUUCUGCUCCACUCACAGGAUCCUGAGCUGCAUUUACCUGUGAGAGUCUUAAAACUUUCAGACCCCAGUCGAGACUUUUGCUAUUGCAAAUAGAAAACCCAAUUCAACCUGCUUAAGCAGAAAAUAAAUUUAUUGAUUCAAGUUUGGAAAUA